AUGGAAACCACUGCAGCAGAAUUUUAUAGAUUAGCCAGAUUUCCAAGAGUUAUAGGGACAAUAGACUGCACUUUGAUUAAGAUGGAUUCUCCAGGUGGAACUGAUGCUGAAAUAUAUAGAACCAGAAAACAGUUUUUUGGAAUGAAUGUGCAAACAGUUUCAGAUGCAACAUUGAAAAUAAGGGAUAUUGUAGCACGGUGGCCUGGUUCUUCAUAUGAUGAAACCAUUUUCAAUAACAGUUCCCUGAAGCAACGUUUUGAGGCUGGUCUAUUUAAAGACUAUUUAUUGAUAGGAGAUUGUUGUUCUGGUUAUCAUUUACGUCCAUAUCUGAUGACAAAACUUCAAGAUAUUAAUGUGGAGGCAGAAAAUUUAUAUAAUGAAUCAAUAAUUAGGACACGGAAUGUGGUAGAGAGGCAAUAUGGUGUUAGGAAAAGACGAUUUCCUAUCUUAAUAUUAGGUAUGAGACUUGAUCUACAUACAAUCAUGGCAAUAAUUGUCGCCACAGAUGUCCUACAUAAUAUUGCUAUAGAAGAGAAUGAAGCAAUACCUGAAGAGUGGAUCGAUCAUUCUGAAGAUGAGGAAAUAAAUGAACAGGGUAAUGUUGGAUAUGACAAUCGCUCAGGCCAGGUUGUUAGACAGAUGUUAAUAAAUGAAUACUUCGCCAAUUUAUAA